ACGCGAUACUCUGCUCUGAAUGCGUGGACAAAUACGCACUACUGCGCAUGCUCAGUCCAGCUGCUACGGCAAACGGCAAAGAUGUCUCUGGCGGGCUUUUUACCGGCUCCCACGCAGCUGUCCCAGGACCAGCUGGAGGCCGAGGAGAGACAGCGGACUCAGAAGGCCUACUCCACUGCCCUGGUCUCAUCCCGGAGAGAGCCACCCCCGUACAGGCACCGGAAAGGCUGGGUCCCCCGUGCACUUGAGGAUUUUGGAGAUGGAGGUGCUUUCCCUGAGAUCCAUGUGGCCCAGUUUCCCCUGGAGAUGGGUCGCAAGAAAAAGACGUCGAAUGCCCUUGCGGUUCAAGUGGACGCGGAGGGGAAGAUCAAGUACGAUGCUAUUGCGAGACAAGGACAGAGCAAAGACAAAGUGGUGUUCAGUAAAUACACAGACCUGCUCCCCAAAGAAGUGCUGAAUGAGGAGGCUUCAGAACUACAGAAACCAGAUGAGGAGGCCAUACAAGAGUUGACAGAGAAGACCCGUGAUGCCCUGAGCAAAGCUGUGUCCCAAAAGAUUGCUGCCGCCAUGCCAGUGAGAGCAGCAGACAAACUAGCCCCCGCACAAUACAUCAGAUACACCCCAUCUCAACAAGGUGUGGCCUUUAAUUCAGGGGCCAAACAAAGAGUGAUUCGAAUGGUGGAGAUGCAGAAAGACCCAAUGGAACCUCCACGAUUCAAGAUUAACAAAAAGAUUCCCAGAGGACCUCCUUCACCUCCUGCUCCUGUUAUGCACUCUCCAAGCAGAAAGAUGACAGUAAAGGAACAGCAAGAGUGGAAGAUUCCUCCAUGUAUUUCAAACUGGAAGAACGCAAAGGGUUACACAAUUCCACUGGACAAGCGUCUAGCAGCUGACGGCAGAGGGCUUCAAACUGUACACAUUAAUGAAAACUUUGCUAAACUGGCUGAGGCUCUCUACAUUGCUGAUAGAAAGGCCAGAGAAGCUGUGGAGAUGAGAGCGCAGGUGGAGAAGAAGAUGGCACAGAAAGAGAAGGAGAAGAAGGAGGAGAAACUCAGGGAGCUGGCUCAGAUGGCCCGAGAUCGCAGAGCCGGCAUUAAGACCCAUGGAGACAAAGGAGGUGUCGAUGACGGCGAGGCCAGGGAGCGUGACGAGAUCCGCUACGACAGACGGAAGGAGAGGCAGCACGACAGGAACAUCUCCAGAGCAGCUCCCGAUAAAAGGUCAAAGCUGCAGAGAGAUCAGGACAGAGACAUCAGUGAGCUCAUCGCGCUGGGAGUCCCCAAUCCGCGCACCUCCAGUGAAGUCCAGUACGACCAGCGCCUUUUCAACCAGAGCAAGGGCAUGGACAGUGGUUUUGCUGGUGGAGAGGAUGAGACGUACAAUGUUUACGACCAGCCAUUCAGAGGCAACAAAAACAUGGCGUCCAACAUCUACAGACCGAGCAAGAACAUCGACAAGGACGCAUACGCAGAUGACCUGGACUCACUCAUGCGUAGCAGCAGGUUUGUUCCGGACAGAGGCUUCACUGGAGCGGACCACCAGAGCAGACCAGAGGGGCCAGUCCAGUUCGAGGAGGAUCCCUUUGGUCUGGACAAGUUCUUGGAGGAGGCCAAGCAGCACGGAGGCUCCAAAAGACCCUCCACCAGCGGGCGCUCCAAAGACGACUAUCACGACAAGAAGCGCAGGAAGGAGUGAAGAAGAGCUACGCAAUCACUCAAGGUCCUGCUCGGGCUGUGGGGAGGAUGUGAGAAGACGCCAGGCAUUCUCCAACCACUGGAGAGGAGUUUUAAUAUACUUGUUAAAAUGAGUUGUCCCUUUCUCAUUAUUUGUGAAGCUUAUUUUACCCAGUUUUUCAUAAUAGAAUUUUGUGUCAUUCCUGGUAUAUGUGAUAAGGAUGCAGGCUGUAAAUUUAAUAUGUUGAUAUGAAACUACUGGUGUUGUCAUUUGUUUUGGUUUGUUCAUUUUUAUUCAAAAUUAGGAACAAAAACAAUAACUUUUGCCCUAUAUUUGAAAAAGUUCUUCACACAAUUUUAUAAGAAAUAAAUGGUCAAAUGCAGUUUUAACUACCUCUUAUUAUAAAAUCUACAAACUGUUGUCAACACCAUUUUUCUACCAAACAGAAAUUAAAUUAACAAAUUACAGCACUUCGGUUCUGCUUGUAUUUGACCUUUUCUGUAAUUACGCUACAAAUAAUUCACCAUUUCACAACUUUUUUUUAAAGUAAGUUUUUAUUUAAAAUUGUUACGUCUGCGCUCCAAAUAUGUACAGCACUAUAGCCUGUAAUCAAUAAAAGAUCAUUCUUGUACAGUAGCACCAGUGGAAUAAACUUCAUAUCAUGUCCAA